AUGUACUUCGACGGUGCCCUCAACCUUGAAGGAGUUGGUGCGGGGGUCCUCUUCAUAUCCCCAAAAGGCGAGCAGCUUAAGAACGCCCUUAAAAUCCACUACAAGGCUACCAACAACGGCACCGAGUACAAGACCCUCAUACAUGGGCUUCGUCUCGCUGCCUCGCUUGGCAUUAAGCGCACUCUCGUGUUUGGUGACUCCAAGGUUGUCGUCGAGCAGGUCAACAAAUCCUGGGAGUGCACCAAGAAAACGAUGGACGCUUAUUACGCCGAGGUUCGCAAACUCGAGGUUCACUUCGACGGUCUCGAGUUUCAUCAUGUCCCCAGGGAACACAACAUCGCCGCCGACGUCCUAUCCAAGGUCGGCUCAAAACGCACCCAAGUCCCGGUCAACAUGUUCAUCCAGGACUUGAGAAAACCCUCUAUCAAGAUAUUGGACCCGGACCAAGCUGACGACAACGCCCAGACUCAGGCUGACCUAGCGCCCACCGAUAUCCUGAUGAUCCAGGUGAAGGAAGACUAG